UCUUGGCUCAUGGUGGUCUUUGGGUUCCUUCCCCCCCCCUUUCGAGCCUUCGGGCCCCUUCCGCGCUUUAGACCCAAGCGCGCCUGGGAGUCCGUGAGCGCGUCAUGGAAGGGCGAUAGGUGAGGCGCAGGCCGGUUGCUCAUGGCCGACGACGGGCACGGGCGCCGGAAGAUCGUGCUGCCCCCCGGGCACUUCAGCAGGAUCUACAGGAUCAUCGGGCGCAUCGUGGCCGCGAGGGGCCUGCCGAACACUGACGCCAAUGGCAAGUCCGACCCCUACUGCGUCCUCAAGGGCAUCCGCUCGAACAACCACAUGGCCAACAUUUGGGUCACCAAGGCUGUCCAGAACACCUUGUCGCCUCACUGGGAGGAAGAGUUCGACUUCAUGAUCCCGGCUGAGUGGGGCCUGGUGGAGCUGGUGGGAUUGAAGGCGAUGGUUUUCGAUGCAGACGACUUCUUCAUCACCUACCAAGGCAACGAGGACUUCCUGGGAGGAUGCGACAUCGACCUCUCGAACGCGGUGAGCGGCCGCGCGAUGACCCAUGAGCUGGAGUUGGCCGGCAUCCCCAUGAACAAGGCCAAGGGCAAGAAACCGCGGCUGACCAUCGUGGUGACCGUGUACAAGGAAGUGAUCCCAAAGCCGAAGCCCCUCUUCGAGCAGCUGGUUAGCAGCAUGCGGGAGAUGCACUACGUGCGGGAGGUGGCCGGCAAGGUCAUCAAGGCCCAGGCGUUGAAGAACACGGACCUGGUGGGCACCAGCGACCCCCAGUGCGUGGUGCGGGUGGCGCUGCUCAGCGGCGAGGUGCGAGAGAUCCACCGCACGGCCAUUGUCAAGGACAGCCUGGACCCGGAGUGGGGCGAGACCUUCCACGCGAAGUUCGAGCAGCACGAGCAGCCGCUGCUCAUCAUCUUCGACCUCUGGGACUCCGACGGCCCGGGCCAGCGCGCGGAGAACGGGGGCGAGCACUUGGGCACCUCCGUGGUGAAUCUGCUGGACUGCCUGCCGCCGGAGUCCCGCAAGAAGAAGCUCUACCUGCAGGGCGAGACGCAGCUGCACGAGGGCCGGCUCAACAAGAACGGGGCCAAACCGGAGAAGGCAGACGAGGCUCGGGCCUCCAGCGGGGAAGAGUCCCUGAACUCGUCGGACCAGGAGGUCUUGGACAUGGAGAAGCCCAAGCAGUCGUGCCUGGACAGGCUGUCCAAAGCGGCCGUGGACAUCCGCGAGAAGGUGAAGAGUGUGUACUACUUGCAAAAGGUCGAGCGCAGCUGCCUCACGGUGGAGCUGCGCACCCGCAUCAAGACGGAGCCAAUGCCGCUGAUGUGCUUCCUGGACAAGGCCACGUACAUCGCCGACGAGGACGACGCGGAGCGGGUCUUGUCACUCAAGGACUGGGACAGGUGCAUGUACCCGCCCCCGCCGGAGAUCACGGUGAAGGGCCGACCCCCGCGGGGGGAGCUGAGCGGGAAGCAGCAGAUCUGCUUCGUGCAGGGCGUGGUGCGGGGAGCUUCAGGCCUGCCCGCAGCAGACGACAACGACCUGAGCGACCCCUUCUGCAUCGUGGAGGCCAUGAGCCGGAACGCGGAGAAGAUCUUCGUGCACCGCACACGGGUGGUGAAGAACAAGCUAUGCCCGGAGUGGAACGAGGUCUUCUACAUGGCCCUGCCGCCCACCUUCGAGCUGAACCGCCUCAUGUUCAGCAUCUACGACAGGGACGAGACCAUGGGCGCGCUGCUCACCAACCAGUUGGACCCUCUGGAGCAAGACGAGUUUUUGGGCCGGGCCUCCAUCGACAUCUCCUACCUGAAGAGCGGCGACAAGCUCGAGGAGGACAUCCCGGUGAGCGGGUCCGUGGUGGGCAACAAGGUGAAGACCACCACGGGCUUCCGGCGCACCGCCACCAUCGCGGUGGAGGUCUCCGUGCAGCGCCGCGUCAAGCCCGCCUACGGCCUGGCGCCGGAGGACCACUCCGCAGUGAUUCCCCGAAGGACCCACAAGGUGAGCCGGCCGCCCAACACCUUCCCCUUUGCGGACCCCAGCCAGUUCAUAGAGGACUUGCCGCUGGAGGAGCAGAUCGCCGGGGAGAUCAUGGAGGCCUACAACACCGGCCGGCUCCGAGGCGGCAACUCCGUGGAGUGGCUGCACACUCCGGAGUCGAGGCCUCUGCUGGAUCUGCAGCUGCCAGAGGAGGAGGCGCCCGAGGCCUUGCCCCACACCAAGGCGCCGCCGCCGGAGCCUCCGGUCUUCACCUACCCCCUGCGGCCUGGCACCGCAGGCAACUCCCUGCCGGUGCUCCAUAGCAAGUUCGAGCAGCCCAAGCCGCUCUUCGAUAUGACGCAGGAGAGCCACCGGUCCUGCGGCCCCACGUCAAUGGCAAUCCGCCAAGUCUUCAACGGCAACUCCACCAUGAGCAUCGUGCGGAGCCUGAGGGGCUUGUGGAACAAGCCGAUGCCCGAGACCUUGGUGCACCGCAGCCUCUGCAGCUCCGCAGAGCAGAGCCGGAGCACGAAGGACGCGAUGCCGCGGAAGAACGCGCACCACGCGGCGGGGAACGCCUUGACGCUGAACCCCACGCGGAAGAGCUUCCGGAAGUAGCGGGGUACAAGGGCAAGCUUGGAGAAAUGUACUCGGGC